GGCAGCGGCCGAUAAAUGCUAUUAGAGCAGCCGCCGCGGAGCCGUCCCCGACGCCACCUCCUUCUCCUCCGCCGCAGUUUCCUUCGCCGCUGUCGGGGGCGCGGAGCUGAGGGACCUGGGCGAGCGCGCUCCGCACUGCCCCGCCGGCUGGCCUCCCUUGCUCCGUCCCGCCCUCAGGGGUCGGCCGUGCGCCCCCUCCUCCGGCCCGGGCGGGGCCGCGAUUCACCUCAGGAGAGCGGGGAGGGGGCUCGGGGCCGCGGCCUGCGCUCCCGGCGGGCGGUUGAGGGCGAAGGAGGCCCUCCCUUCUGACGAGGGGAGGGAGGGUCGGGAGCCCCCCCACCCACCCGGCAGCCAGGGCCGGGCUGCCAGAGGGGCGGUCGUCUGGGGGAGGGGGCGCGGGGUGAUUCAGCGCCCGGCGAGGCGGAAGCGGCCGGAGGAGGAGGAGGGGGAGAAGCCAGUCCGCGCCUGGGCGCCCGGGGUGGCACGAGCCCGCGGCCCGAGUGCGAGGCCGAGGCCAGGAGGCCGCGGGGACGGGAGGUGAGGCCGGUCCGGCCCCCCGAAGCCAUGGAGAACGCGCACACAAAGACGGUGGAGGAGGUGCUGGGCCACUUCGGCGUCAAUGAGAGCACCGGGCUGAGCCUGGAGCAGGUCAAGAAGCUCAAAGAGAAAUGGGGCUCCAACGAGUUACCUGCUGAAGAAGGAAAAACCUUGCUGGAACUUGUGAUUGAGCAGUUUGAAGACUUACUAGUUAGAAUUUUAUUACUGGCAGCAUGUAUAUCUUUUGUUUUGGCUUGGUUCGAAGAAGGUGAAGAAACAAUUACAGCCUUUGUAGAACCUUUUGUAAUUUUACUUAUAUUAGUAGCCAAUGCAAUUGUGGGUGUAUGGCAGGAAAGAAAUGCUGAAAAUGCAAUUGAAGCCCUCAAGGAGUAUGAGCCUGAAAUGGGCAAAGUAUAUCGACAGGACAGAAAGAGUGUACAGCGGAUUAAAGCUAAAGACAUAGUUCCUGGUGAUAUUGUAGAAAUUGCUGUUGGUGACAAAGUUCCUGCUGAUAUAAGAUUAACUUCCAUCAAAUCUACAACUCUAAGAGUUGACCAGUCGAUUCUCACAGGUGAAUCUGUCUCUGUCAUCAAGCACACUGACCCUGUCCCUGACCCACGGGCUGUCAACCAAGAUAAGAAGAACAUGCUCUUUUCUGGUACAAACAUUGCGGCUGGGAAAGCUAUGGGAGUGGUAGUGGCAACUGGAGUUAACACUGAAAUUGGCAAGAUCCGGGAUGAAAUGGUGGCAACAGAACAGGAGAGAACACCUCUUCAGCAGAAACUAGAUGAGUUUGGGGAACAGCUUUCCAAAGUCAUAUCCCUUAUUUGCAUUGCCGUCUGGAUCAUAAACAUUGGGCACUUCAAUGACCCAGUUCACGGAGGCUCCUGGAUCAGAGGUGCUAUUUACUACUUUAAAAUUGCAGUGGCGUUGGCUGUAGCAGCCAUUCCUGAAGGUCUGCCUGCUGUUAUCACCACCUGCCUGGCUCUUGGAACUCGCAGAAUGGCAAAGAAGAAUGCCAUUGUUCGAAGCCUCCCUUCUGUGGAAACCCUCGGUUGUACUUCUGUUAUCUGCUCAGACAAGACUGGUACACUUACAACAAACCAGAUGUCAGUCUGCAGGAUGUUCAUUCUGGACAGAGUUGAAGGUGAUACUUGUUCCCUUAAUGAGUUUACCAUAACUGGAUCAACAUAUGCACCUAUUGGAGAAGUGCAUAAAGAUGAUAAGCCAGUAAACUGUCACCAGUAUGAUGGGCUUGUAGAAUUGGCAACAAUUUGUGCUCUUUGUAAUGACUCUGCCUUGGAUUACAAUGAGGCAAAGGGUGUGUAUGAAAAAGUUGGAGAAGCUACAGAGACUGCUCUAACUUGCCUGGUAGAGAAGAUGAAUGUAUUUGAUACCGAAUUGAAGGGUCUUUCUAAAAUAGAACGUGCAAAUGCCUGCAACUCGGUCAUAAAACAGCUGAUGAAAAAGGAAUUUACUCUAGAGUUUUCACGUGAUAGAAAAUCAAUGUCGGUUUACUGUACACCAAACAAACCAAGCAGGACAUCAAUGAGCAAGAUGUUUGUGAAGGGUGCUCCUGAAGGUGUCAUUGACAGGUGCACCCAUGUUCGAGUUGGAAGUACCAAGGUCCCUCUGACCCCAGGAGUCAAACAGAAGAUCAUGUCUGUCAUUCGGGAGUGGGGUAGCGGCAGCGACACACUACGAUGCCUGGCCCUGGCCACUCACGACAACCCGCUGAGAAGAGAAGAGAUGCACCUUGAGGACUCUGCCAACUUUAUUAAAUAUGAGACCAAUCUGACGUUUGUCGGCUGUGUGGGCAUGCUGGACCCCCCAAGGAUUGAGGUGGCCUCUUCUGUGAAGCUGUGCCGCCAGGCAGGCAUCCGUGUCAUCAUGAUCACGGGGGACAACAAGGGCACUGCCGUGGCCAUCUGCCGCCGUAUCGGCAUCUUCGGGCAGGAUGAGGACGUGACGUCAAAGGCUUUUACAGGUCGGGAGUUUGAUGAACUCAACCCCUCAGCCCAGAGAGAUGCCUGCUUGAAUGCCCGCUGUUUUGCUCGAGUUGAACCUUCCCACAAGUCUAAAAUCGUAGAAUUUCUUCAGUCUUUUGAUGAGAUUACAGCUAUGACCGGCGACGGUGUGAAUGAUGCUCCUGCUCUGAAGAAAGCCGAGAUUGGCAUUGCUAUGGGCUCUGGCACUGCAGUGGCUAAAACUGCCUCCGAGAUGGUCCUGGCAGAUGACAACUUCUCCACCAUCGUGGCUGCUGUCGAGGAGGGGCGGGCGAUAUACAACAACAUGAAGCAGUUCAUCCGCUACCUCAUCUCGUCUAAUGUGGGGGAAGUUGUCUGUAUUUUCCUGACAGCAGCCCUUGGAUUUCCUGAGGCUUUAAUUCCUGUCCAGCUGCUCUGGGUCAAUCUGGUGACAGAUGGCCUGCCUGCCACUGCACUGGGGUUCAACCCUCCUGAUCUGGACAUCAUGAGUAAGCCACCUCGGAACCCAAAAGAACCGCUGAUCAGUGGGUGGCUGUUUUUCCGUUACCUGGCUAUUGGCUGUUAUGUCGGCGCUGCUACUGUGGGUGCUGCUGCGUGGUGGUUCAUUGCCGCUGAUGGCGGUCCAAGAGUGUCCUUCUACCAGCUGAGUCAUUUCCUACAGUGUAAAGAGGACAAUCCAGACUUUGAAGGAGUAGAUUGUGAAGUCUUUGAGUCUCCCUACCCAAUGACCAUGGCGCUCUCUGUUCUAGUAACCAUAGAGAUGUGUAACGCCCUCAACAGCUUGUCUGAAAACCAGUCCUUGCUGAGGAUGCCCCCUUGGGAGAAUAUCUGGCUCGUGGGCUCCAUCUGCCUGUCCAUGUCACUCCACUUCCUGAUCCUCUACGUGGAACCCUUGCCACUCAUCUUCCAGAUCACACCGCUGAAUGUGACCCAGUGGCUGAUGGUGCUGAAAAUCUCCUUGCCUGUGAUUCUCAUGGAUGAGACGCUCAAGUUUGUGGCCCGCAACUACCUGGAACCCGGUAAAGAGUGUGUGCGUCCUGCCACCAAAUCCUGCUCGCUCUCCGCAUGCACCGAUGGGAUUUCCUGGCCGUUUGUGCUGCUCAUAAUGCCCCUGGUGGUCUGGGUCUAUAGCACAGACACUAACUUUAGUGAUAUGUUCUGGUCUUGACUGACAGUUCCCCGCAAAGAAGAUGUUUAACUUAAUCAAUUAAUUUUUUAUUGUUUAAAGCAACUGUCUAUUUCUGCUGAAUUUUCACAUGAACAUACUGGCUGGUGACGGAGGUUUCAUACUCUAGAUUUUGUUUUGCUUUUUCUGACUCCAGUGGGGCAAGAUUUUCCUUUUUUAUACACAUAAUUAAAGUGUCCAUUGACAUGUACAGAGAACUAACACUAUUUUAUGCAAAUAUUUUUUUGUAGAUGAAAAAGCAUGUACAGUGUUCUGUUUAAUACUCAUCUUUGUAUAAAAAAAUAGUUGAGCCAGCAGACAUUGUCAGCAAAUCAAUUGGCAGCAGAUUUUAGGAAAUGAAUGUGCGUGGUUUUUUCUAAAACUAAAUAGCAUGUAUUGUGUCUUUUGCAUGAUGAUCUGGAUUUAAUUUGAUAUCACAGUCUAAUUUUUAUUCAUUAAGCCAAUUUUUCUGCACUGAGCAGAGUCCUGCUACCUCAGUCAGUAUUUUUUGGUUUGCUACUUCCCUCACCACCCCCCUCAGCCCUCCGUUCACCCCACCCCACCCCACCACACCCCCAGCCCUGCUCGGCUUCUUCUAUAGGAUUUUGAUGGUCCUGUUUACAUCGGUCGUUUUAACAAGAGGUAUGCCUGUUCUCGCUUGUGCAGAAAACAUUGUUCCAGAUUCAAUCGACUGGGUUUAUGUCCCUUCACAUAGUUUUUAAGGUUAUUUAUUUAAAUGUCUAAUGUAUUUUAUUGUAACAGACAUUGUUUUGCGCCAACAUUGCCUAUUUCAGUGGCACUUCAAAAUCUAGUAUAAAAAGAAAAAUAAAACAUUUUAAAUGGACAGAGAAAAAUAACGGUCUUGUUUUUAACUCUUAAGUUCUUAGCUUAGAACUUCAGUUUUACUAUGCUUGAGGGGAAGAAUGAUCCUGUUCUGCUGCAUUAGGUAGUUGUAGGAAUUAUGUUUUUUAAUGUAUAGGCACUAAUUGUCAUCUGUGGUAUACAUUUUAUGCAAGUUUGUGCUGGCCUGUUCUAGCCUGGUGUAGAGAACAUAAGGGCAAGUGCGUGUGUGUGUGCGCGUGUGUUUUGUAAAAUCUGUAAAUAGCACAUGACCAAAUGAACAUAUUGUAUAGAACUAUUUUUAUUUGAAUGUGGCACUAACCACCACCAUCUUUGCGCAUGUUCGAGAUCAGUCUUACCAACAGUAUAUAAGUCAUUAACAGUCCUAACUGUGGUGUUUUCCUCCAAUGCCUUCCAACAUCCAUCAACUAACGUGAGUAUUUCUUCCCUGGGAUUUGGAUGCUUUAGCCUAAAGGUGACUGCCACCAAAUGUGAUAACUAUGUCACUAAUGAAUAAGCCUCUUUGUGUCAGACACUCCUGUGUUCCCUGACUCCCAUGAGCAGUACAGGUGCCCAUGUGGGCUCCCAGAGACUGCGUGGCAUUAGCUAGCUGAAGUGUGACUCCCAUAGAGUUCCACGCCCUGCUUGACAGUGGCAAGAUGUCAGGGUGGGCUGAGCCAGAAAAAAGGCCUGAGGGUAAGAGCCUCAUUGUCUUUUGGCCAGAGCUGUGCUGCCUCUAGUGCUGAAAGAAGGAUUCAUAAAAACAGGGGAGGCGCUUUUGAUCUUUGUUAGCUGCAAGGAAUCAUCCCAGAACUUUGCUUUGUUCAUGAAAAAGCAAAACAUCUAGGGAAAGCUAGUAACUACCUGAACUAGUGAAUUUGAGCAUCAGUGGGUUCAUUUUAAAUAGGCCACCCCACCCCCUUCUAGGUCAUGUCCUCAAUGGCUAAGACUUAGCUCUCCAUGGCAUGCCAAAGCACAGUUACUAGGGCAUGGCUCCGCUCAGCCCAAAACUGCCGGCCAGGUGAGGAGGCCUGUGCAGCAGCACCAGCCCUUCCCACAGGCCCUGACUGUGCUCGAGCAGCUGCUCGGGCUCUGGGUACUGGCGCAGCCAGGAGGUACGAUGCAGAUGCUUGGAGUUUGGGGAGAAGUUAAGGGUGUCAAACAGGACAAGGUCCUGUCAAGUUCAGAGGUCCAAGUUUAAGGGGAUGGAAGAAGAGCAUAGAAACUGACUCUAAAAGCACAAUCCUGGUCAGGCUCACCAUGCUGCCUCCAGCUGCUUUUGGGGAAUUGGGGCUUUCGGGAAGGAAGGCCGGGUUGCCCAGCAGAGAAGGUUAGGGCAGGGUUGGGUUUCGCCAGUGUUGGCAUCAUAGAGUAUGAAAAAUGGGUUGAGUGGCUCAAACGCAAGGAGUGUGUCUGAGCUGCACACUGAAGUAGGCUGUCUGAGCUUGUUGGGUGGGACACUGUUCAGUGGAAACAAAACUAACCAAAUAGCUUUUCCUGACUCAAUUCCUUGACUUAGCAGCCUUACAAAGAAAGUUGAAUGGUGCGGGCUGCAGGAGGAGACACACCUGACCCCAAAUGGCCCUGGGCUGGCUGUUGCCUUGUGGUUUCUCAGCUUCAGCCCCUUCCAGCCCAGAGAGACCAUUUGGGCACCUGCUUCCUUUUGCCCAAAGAGCCGAGAGCAGGUUAGGCCCACUGCUGGCUUUAGCAGGGCCACAUGGGCUUUCCUGGUCAAAAACAUUUCAGCAUCUACUCCUUGGCUAAGUCAACCCACAAAGACCAAGUCUAGCGCCGUGAUCUUGGGCACAUCCCUGGCCUCAGUCCUCCACGCUGCAGUGAGGGCCAGGUGCUCAGCCCUGCCCUCACCCGGCACCCUCAGGAGGGGACAUAGUAAAUGGAGAAGGCAGGGUCGGCUUCAGCCCCACCCUGCACCUGUUUGUCAAGCAGCUCUUGCCUGAGACUCAGCUUCAAGUUCUUACCUGAUGGGCAGGUGGCUUAAGAGUUAUCUGUGUCUCUUUUUGCUACCCCGUGCCUUCCCUGCCUCUUUAAGCUUUGCCCUUUUCCCAGGAGACCUGCCAUUCUCACACAUCCCCUAAUUGGGACACCACUGCAGCGGCUCUGUAAAACGCAAGUGGUCCAUUCUGGAGGGAGCUGUCCUGAGAACUCAGUGAGCUCCCAGGCAAGCAGGGCCGCUGGCCAGCCUCCCUCACAACAGCUGCCACGUCACCCUCUGGCUGGGGCUUCAGCCCAGUGAGUGAGGUGCGCAGACCUCAGGAAUACUGAGACCGCAGUGCUAGCUCAGUGUCUGCCAGCCACCUAGCCACAGCCUAGAGGCAGAGCCCACGGUCUGCAGUGCCCGUGAGCUAAGUCAGUGGCUGCCCUUGACUGUAACCACCGAGUUCUGUUCAAACAACCUCUCUACAGUUACUGAGAAAGGUGGUCCUCGGCCUUCUUGACCGAGGGGAGUGGUGACGAGCCACCAGGACUGGGUGGAGCGGGGCCUUGGCCCAGAGGCCAGCUGUGGGCUGGGAGGGCUGCGCCACUGCCCUGCUGCUCACUCCUCUGUCAGCCUCACCCUCCGCACCGCUAACCAAGACAUUGUCCUGCUUGUCUCUCUGCUCUAAGCGCCUGCAAUGAUGUUAAGUGCCUCAUGGGGUUUUCCUCCAAAGCCUUUGCUGUGGAGCCAGAUGUCGCGAGGGGUCUGUGUCACAGAGUCAGUGCUUCUAGAUGCAACCCCGUGUGGGCGGCACCUCAGGGACAGUCAAUCGGAAAUGCUGGUCUUGAAAUCAAGCUGAAUAUUCUUUUUCAACUGUCACUAUUGAUCUUCAUCUUAAAUAGUUAAUCUAACAUUUCCUCCUGUAUUUCAUGAAGCUGAUUUCCUCUCUCUUUCCUUUUCAGCAAUACUGGAGUAACCACUUCCUAAACCAUUUUGCAGAAAUGUAAGGGUAUUCGGUGUGUGCAUGUGCGUUUUUAGCAACACAUCUACCAACCCUCUGCAUGAUUGAUGUUGGGGGGAAAAGAAAAGUAGAAAAAAGUUCCCAACUCAUUGUGUGUUAUGUGGAGGAAAUGUGUAUUACCAAUGGGGUUUUUAGCUUUUAAAUCAAAAUAUUAUAAAUGUACAAUUUAGCUUAAGGAAUCAGAAAGCCUCUCCAGAGAAGUUUGGUUUCUUUGCUGCAAGAAUAAGGUUCUAAAACCUUAUCCAUGAACUUAGAAGCCAUCGGCCAAGUCACCACAUUUCUCUGUGCAAAACAUCACAGCUUAUGUAAAUGUACAAUAUUCAAUUGUAAUGCAUGCCUUCAGUUGUAAGUAGCCAAUUUCUCUACAGUGACAUUGAAACAUGCUACUUUUUAAUUGGCCCUGUACAGUUUGCUUAUUUAUAAAUUCAUUAAAAACACUACAAGUGUUGAAUGGUUAAAUGUAGGCCUCCAGUUCAUAACUUUGGUUAUUUUUUUAGUGUGCAGACAGCUAUUUCGCACUGUAUUAAAUGUAACUUAUUUAAUGAAAGCAGAAGCAGUAGACAGAUGUUGGUGCAAUACAAAUAUUGUGAUGCAUUUAUCUUAAUAAAAUGCUAAAUGUCAAUUUAUCAAAGCAUGUUUGACUUUAGACUGUAAAUAGAGAUCAGUUUGUUUCUUUCUGUGCUGGUAACAAUAAGUGUUGCACAGACAUGGUUUCAGGUAAAUAAAUCUAUUCUACGAUAAA